GUUGGUGUCCGGUUCUCGCCGAUAGUGAAAGGGCCCGGGGCAGAAGACGUGGCUGAGCUUGGGGGCCGAUACACGUUCAGUUGCUUAUAUGCAGCUCAUCCGCGGCCUGAUAUUUUUAUCAUAAGGUCUAACGACCUGGGAGAGCAGACUUUGACCCAGGAGUACUUCAGAGUGGUGUCUGUCGCUGACCAAGAGCCGUACACGCACGAGAUGUUCUUGGAAAUGACUCGCUUAGAAGCCGCGGACUUCGGCGUCUACAGCUGCCUUGUCAACAACAGCGAAGGCUUGGCCAUCAGCGAGACUUUGCUAAAAGCAAAAGAAAAGGCGACAACUGAAGUGUCACAGGAGAUAGCGGCAACAACUGCAGGAGACACGCUGCUGGUACGCGGUCCGCACCUGUUGCUUCACAGAGACAACCUCACC